AUGUAUACGAUGCUACGUACAGAGGGAUGCCCUAUUCCUCGCUCUAAGCAGUCUGUGGACCUCGCAACAGGGACACUUGCACGCGCGUUCUAUGUAGUGGGCAUGGUGACGAACACAACACACUCUUGUCACGCCCCCCCCCCUCCUCUGCGUCUUAGAGUUCGAGGAUGUUUUGAUAAUAAUUACCUCCUCUUAUCAAACACCGAGAAGAAGAAUGAGACUCACAAGGGUAGGAAAAGUCGCCUCUGUGUGUGUGUGUGCACGCAAAGUAUUAUGAUAGAGACAGAGACACCGGGGAUAACCUUCGAGAAGGUGAAAGUGAUUCCGUCGAGGCGGCAGAGUGAACAGUCAGUGCUCAGCUCGCUCAGUUUGAAGUCUCUCGGGGCCACGACCACCAGUUUGAACGCAGCAAAUAGGAGGGACAGGCUGUGUAGGCCCAGAGAGGACUCCGUGAACUCGAAUAUUGGUCUCAAACAACCGUUCACUGACGAUAGAAGGCUCGAUUUGGGGUCUGCGGGGACUCCGGUAUCGAGGACCGGUGGGAGUUCAGAAGGGCAACAACAACAACAACAGCAGCCAGUGUCCCAACCUCCAAAACCGACGGCGACACAGGUGAGUACAUCGCCACAGGAUUUGACGACACAGGCGUUGAGAAAGCUGUCGUUUUUGAGGAUUGGACAGGACACUGCCCCAGCUGGGGAGGAGUCGCCCGAUGUCUCCCGUAACGGAUCGCAGGCUGGGGAAUCCAAACAUACUGUAUCUAGGGGCACAUCCCAUAGCGCACUCAGCUCAAAAAGUGCCACGUCUUCACCGGACCAUCCACGCGGGAACGCCUCCAAACAGUCUUCCAUCAAACAGGUCUCGUCGUUCUUGAAUCCGGAAGGGAGCUUCAACCAACCACCAUCACCAACAACAACUCCACAGCCACAGCCACAACCACAACCACAGCCACAAGUACAAGUACAAGCACAAGCACAACCGCCGCGGCCCGCGAUGGCGAGUCCCACGCGGCCUCUUCCCUCGCAACCGGGCGCACUGCCCAAGAGGGUUCUCAACGCACACGCGAAGCAGAUCAGCACACCGAAGAAGCCCCUGUACGUGCCCGCUGUGCUGCGCAAUGUGUCCGAGACGAACAUCCGCCCUGAGGACAUGGCUACUGGUGCAUCCGCCGUCGCGUCACAGGACGUCGACGCGAUCCUCGCACAACACCGUGCAAAGCUGAGGGACUCGAAUGGCCAGUCGAGCAUCCAUUCGGGAGUGAGCAGUCUCAUGGACAGCUACCGCACGCGGCUGCGAGAAAGUAUACGGCGUGCCCAUGCGAAGAGACCACUGGGUACCCGACAGCGCAAGGGACAGUUGCUCUCGGUGCCAUGGGGUCUUCUCCGUCUUGGAGCGGAGACACCACUGCAGACACUGUGGAGAGGUGUUCUGCGCGAGGGACCCCGCCACACACUGUACUUGGACGCACAGGCUCAAUUCUGCGUAGAUCCCAGAAGACAGGGAGUCGAGGGACACUUGGUCCGCGUCUGCGACGGGUGCGUGAUGCAGUACGAAGAUCUGCUCAAGUCUCUGCAGCGAACGCAACAGACACAACAAGUCAAGGAUAAGGGCACACAGAAGGCUGUCCCAUCCAGACAACCACCAACUACAAACAACGGGAGAAAGGACAGUAUCGUUGGGUCCGUCCCGUCGAUUGGAACUGGUCCAGUUUCUAACAUCCUGGAGAUGAUGGUAUGUGUAUGUUUAAUGUGGGAAGUUAUGUAUGUAUCAUAUAAAGGCGAGGGGGGAGGGGGGAAGGUGCUCAAGAGAACUUCCAUCUGUUACCACAUGCCUCGCACGUACAGAAAGUGGUCAGCGGUUCAUCUGCGGACCUCGUCUGCAGUUGGUAGUAAGAGACUUUCUUUUCUUUACACUUCCCACACUGGAAUCUAUCCGUCACGGACCUUUCGAUUGUGGCGCCCUGUGCGUUGA